AUGUAUCAUAACCUAACAGACAAGGCAGAUGAUCUUGAUAAUAGAAAAUCUACCUCUGGUUAUGUGUUUACAUUUUUAGGGGGAGCCAUCUCAUGGCAAUCCAAGCUACAGAAAUGUGUAGCUUUGUCCACAACUGAGGCAGAGUAUAUUGCAGCGGUGGAAGCAAGCAAGGAGAUGCUUUGGCUUAAGAGGUUCCUUCAAGAGUUGGGUUUGAAACAAGUAAUUGAAGAAAAGAGAAUGAAACUGAAGAAAAUCCACACCGACAAGAAUGGUGCAGAUGUGUUGACAAAGAUAGUUCCCGGAAGCAAGGUUGAGCUUUGUAGUAAGCUUGCCGGGAUGAGGCUAAGAGAGGUGGCAAAAGCUAUGGAUGCAGGGGAGGGUUUCAUAGGCAGUGGUAAAAGAAAGAGAAGGGUGGGUACGAUUGAACACGGAUGGUGCUGUAAAGGGGAACCUGGGUCGAGCAGGUGGAGGAGGACUGAUAAGAGCUGCACUAAGGCUGAACUCCUUGUAGUUCAUCGUGGACUUUUGAUAGCUUGGGAGGAAGGCCAUAAGAAAGUCCAGCUUUCUGUUGACUCUGAGGUAGUAGUAAAGCUGCUAAUAGAGAGAGUUCAGCUACACUCUCCUUAUUUUGAUAUUGUCAGACGGUGCAAAGAGUUGUUGGAGAAGGCUGAUUGGGAAGUAACUGUCAGCCACUGUUAUAGGGAAGUGAAUAUGGCGACGGAUUGGUUAGCAAAUUACGGUACCUCGACUUGA